AUGCAAAAUACCAAGUCUGAUCUCAAGCCCUUCCCUUUCAACAAUUUCACGUACUUUUUCACUCUCUUUUCAAAGUUCUUUUCAUCUUUCCAUCACUGUACUUGUUCGCUAUCGGUCUCUCGCCAAUAUUUAGCUUUAGAUGGAAUUUACCACCCACUUAGAGCUGCAUUCCCAAACAACUCGACUCGUCGAAGGAACUUUACACAGACCCGGGUCAUCUCAUCGCACGGGAUUCUCACCCUCUGUGACGUCCUGUUCCAAGGAACAUAG